AUGACGACUCGGGUCGAGUCGGCCUUCACCGAGGACACCAUCUACGCCCUGUCCACAGCACCAGGCCGUGCCGGCAUCGCGGUCAUUCGCAUCUCAGGCCCGGCCUGUCUGGAUAUCUAUCGCCAGCUCUGUCCGUCCAGAGCCCUCCCUCCACCUCGCCAAGCCACGGUGCGCACCCUCUACGACCCCAGCGCGCCACCAACGGCCAACGUCCUCGACCCCAGCGCCCUGAUCCUCUACUUUGCCGGCCCCAGGACCGUCACAGGCGAUGACGUCCUCGAGCUCCAUGUGCACGGCGGCCAGGCCACCGUCAAGGCCGUCCUCGCCGCCAUUCCAAGGUGCGCCAGUCCCUCGGUGGCCGUCGUCCGCUACGCUGAGCCGGGCGAGUUCACGCGCCGCGCCUUCCUCAACGACCGCCUCGAUCUCACGCAGGUCGAGAGCCUGGGCGACAUCCUGGCCGCCGACACGGAGCAGCAGCGCCUGGCCGCCGUCAGGGGCUCGUCUGGCGCCCUGGGCCACACCUACGAGGAAUGGCGCGCGACGCUGCUGGCAGCGCGCGCCGAGCUCGAGGCCUUGAUCGACUUUUCGGAGGACCAGCACUUUGACGAGUCCCCCGCCGAGCUGCUGCGCAACGUCAGCGGGCUUGUCGUCGAGAUCCUCGAGGGCAUCCGCAGGCACGAGGCCGCCGGAGCGCCGAGCGAGCUUCUGAGGAGCGGUAUCCGCAUCGCCCUGCUGGGACCCCCGAACGUGGGCAAGAGCUCGCUCAUGAACCUCGUCAUUGGCCGCGAGGCGUCCAUCGUGUCGGGCGAGGCGGGCACCACGAGGGAUAUUGUCGAGGCGAGUCUCGACAUCCGCGGAUUUCUCUGCCUCUUUGCCGAUACGGCUGGAUUCAGGGGUGAGGCGAGCCUCGAGAGUGGGGGAUCUGUAGGCGCCGUGGAGAGGGAGGGCAUCCGCCGCGCCAAGCAGAAGGCGCUCGACUCGCACAUUGUCGUCGUGCUGGCCGCCGUUGAGCCGACCCCUGACGGCCAUGCCAUUGUCUACGAUGCGGAGACGGUCGAGCUCGCCGCGCAGGCCCAGGCAGCGAUCCUCGUCGUCAACAAGCGGGACGCUGUCGAUGCCGCCACUUUCUCAUCCCUGCUCGAGACAUUCCACGCCGAGAUAAGCCGGGCCACCCCCGCGCUACGCGACGUGCCCACGCUCGCCAUAUCGUGCAGGGAGGCGCAGGACGCCACCUCUCGCGGAACUCACAGCACCACCAGCAACGGCGGCGUCGACCCCUUCAUCGACACGCUCGCCGGCCUCUUUGGCGACAUGACGAGCCUGCCCGUCGAGAUGCAGGACAUGCUGGGCGUCACGGCGCGCCAGAGGCAGCUGCUGGACCAGUGCGGCGCCUGGCUCGACGAGUACAUGGCCAUCGCCGAGGCGGGCGACCAGCAGGACCCCGACGUCGUGCUCGCGGCGGAGCACCUGCGGUACGCGGCCGAGUGUCUGGCCAAGAUCACUGGCCGCGGCGAGGGGGGCGAUGUCGAGGAGGUGCUGGGUGUCAUCUUUGAGAAGUGA